ACGCGGCGCGCCGCUAUGCCGUCACGAGGGAGCCCCCGCGCGCCCCCGCUGGCGGGCGGCGGGGUUGCAGCCCAGGCCGAGCCCGUCCCGCCCCCUCCCCACGUGGGCGCGGCCCUGCAGGCGCGGGGGGAGGGGCGGUCGGGAGCGGCGCCGAUGGACGCGGGGCGCGGCCCCCCGGGCGGCCGCCUGGACCUGAGCCACGGCUUCGUGCGGCACAUCCGGCGCAACCAGAUCGCGAGGGACGACUACGACCGCCAGGUGAAGCAGGCCAAGGAGCAGCUGCGGCGGAGGCUCACCCCCGCGCCCGCCCGGCCCCGCAGGCCCGACCAGCAGGUCUACCGCGCCGGCCGCAGGAGUGCAGCCGGGCCCCCCCCGGGCGGCGGCGGAGGUGGCGAGUCUGAGGCGUCCAGCGAGAGCAGCUCCAGCAGCCGCGAGCGGCGGCCCCGCGGCCCGGCGCUCUUCUGCCUGGAGUACGAGGCCGACGGCGGGCAGGUCACCUCGGUGGUGGUCCACCAGGAUAAUGACCCCGAAGAAGUGGUGGAGAAGGUCAGUGCCCAGAAUGAGCUGGAGCCAGCUUUGCACGAAGCCCUUCGGCAACGAGUGCGAGAGGAAUUGGAGAAGCGGCGAGCGAAGCGCUGAGAGCCAUUGCAGGGAUUGAGAAAUACUGUAGGGGAAACAGUGCUGGACCGUGCUUGGGGGACUCCCUUACGCUGCUCAAGGGCACCAUCGGGAGUGGUGGCAGAAGGAAGCAAAUCCCUGCAGUCGUCCUUUGACAGCUCUGCCCGAAAAGUAAGCCAGCCAGAUUACUGCAGCCCAGACUUGCUUGCUGGCCCUUGGUGGUCUGCCUCCUCCUCUCCCCCUGGUGAAUGAAUAUCCAAGCCCAGCUUGCUGUAUGCUUGGAGACCAGACGUGGAUGGAGGUAGCAGGGUGUUCCCAGCUGCCCUUUCCAACUGCUCAGGGCGCUGGAUUAUGCUGAGGGCAGAGACAGCUGCUGGUGAAUUGGUGAAUUAGAGCUGUUCUCUAGUCUAGAUUUUGCAGCUUUUCGGUAGAUCAGCCAGAAGGACCUUUUUCCUCCAGAAAGUGCAGAAAAUAGACUGCCGGGCUGACCGAGGGGUUGUGGGGAGGAUGGGAAGAAGCAGGGCUCAGUCUAGCCCUCUUGGAGGCCAUUGCCUUGCCCUCUUCCCGACAGCAAAGGUUUUCAGAAAUGUAGCACAGGGUUGUAGAUAAAGACCUGGAACCUGCUCUUCCAUAAUAGUUCUUGGGUGCAGGAAUUUGUUCUGAAUGCUUGCAUGGUUUUGUGAAAACCUACCCGACCCUUUUGUUGACUAAACAUUGUUGGUAAAUAAGAA